UGACUUGGUCCAUUAGCAGGUCACAUACAGAUGCGGCUGAGCACACAUGCAUGUCGCAGCCUCACAGACAGCAGCGGGGGGAAACUGAUGCGUUCACAUCUCACCGUGUCCCUCCCCUGAAACCCACCUUCUUGAAAGGUUUUUGCGCGUCUGUUUUGUGGGAUAACAUCAGAAGGGUUCGUCCCGUCGAGCCAAUCAGGUCCCUCCCUACCUCAUAUCGAAGCUAUAAUACAUAGGAGUAAAGAGGCUUCUCGCAUAAGUGGCUGUGGCUUCAACUACCGUUGUGAUUUCGAGGUCAGUCAUACCUUUCCCAUCCACGCUGUAACCCUCCGAUGCGUUAUCAGACGCACAUUUCCGCACCUGUCACGGUAGGGCUCGGCGCCGAGGGACACGCGUGAGCUGAGGAGACGGCAAGGACAUCGCCGGAGAUCCGCGCAGCGAGAACGAGAAAUCCUGCUAGACAGACCGCGCAGGGCGCUCCAGAACACCGCAGCGAGGUUCACCGUGCGGCAAAAUGCGGCUUAUGACGAGAGUGCUGCUGGUGUCUCUUCUCAGUCUGUCCUUGGUGGUGUCCGGACUGGCCUGCGGUCCUGGCAGAGGCUACGGCAGAAGAAGACAUCCCAAGAAGCUGACACCUCUCGCCUACAAGCAGUUUAUACCUAAUGUCGCGGAGAAGACCUUAGGGGCCAGCGGCAGAUACGAGGGCAAGAUCACGCGCAAUUCGGAGAGAUUUAAAGAACUUACUCCAAAUUACAAUCCCGAUAUUAUCUUUAAGGAUGAGGAGAACACUGGCGCGGACAGACUCAUGACACAGAGAUGCAAAGACAAGCUGAACUCACUGGCCAUCUCUGUAAUGAACCAGUGGCCAGGGGUUAAGCUGCGUGUGACAGAGGGCUGGGAUGAGGAUGGUCACCAUUUUGAAGAAUCACUCCACUACGAGGGAAGAGCUGUUGAUAUCACCACCUCUGAUCGUGACAAGAGCAAAUACGGGACACUCUCUCGGUUAGCUGUGGAAGCUGGAUUUGACUGGGUCUAUUAUGAGUCCAAAGCCCACAUCCAUUGCUCUGUCAAAGCAGAAAAUUCGGUUGCGGCGAAAUCUGGAGGCUGCUUCCCAGGUUCGGCUCUGGUCGCGCUCAAAGACGGGAGACAGAAAGCCGUGAAGGACCUGAACCCAGGUGACAAGGUGCUGGCGGCGGACGGCGAUGGGAAGCUCGUGUACAGCGACUUCAUCAUGUUCACAGACCGAGACUCCGCGACGCGACGCGUGUUUUACGUGAUAGAAACGAAAGAACCCGUUGAAAAGAUCACCCUCACCGCUGCUCACCUCCUUUUUGUCCUCGACAACUCAACGGAUGAUCUGCACUCCAUGACCGCCGCGUUUGCCAGCAGUGUCAGAGCCGGACAAAAGGUGAUGGUUGUUGAUGAUAGCGGCCAGCUUAAAUCUGUCAUCGUGGAACGGAUAUACACGGAGGAGCACCAGGGCUCAUUCGCACCAGUGACUGCUCAUGGAACCAUUGUGGUCGACAGAAUACUGGCGUCCUGUUACGCCGUAAUAGAGGACCACAGUCUGGCGCAUUUGGCCUUCGCGCCCGUCAGGCUCUAUUAUGACGUGUCAUCGGCCCUAUUCCCUAAAAACUUCAUCAGUCAGUCCAAUGCGACUUUACAACUGGAGGGAGUCCACUGGUACUCCAAGCUUCUGUAUCAAAUGGGAACGUGGCUUUUGGACAGCCGCAUGCUUCAUCCUUUGGGGAUGUCAGUAAACUCAAGCUGAAACCCUCGUAUGGAAAUAAAGCAAGAGAAAUCACACUAAUGUAGGAUAUAAGACAAUAUUAGUACAAGCAAGAGAGAAAGAGAGAGAGAGAGAGAGAGAGAAAGAAAGAGAGAGAGAGAAAGAGAGAGACAAAGGCCCCGAGAGGAGUUGGGAUAUUUAUUACAAUGACUUUAAAAGAAAUGUCAUUUUCAAAGAAUAAAUGGAGCCUUAAAAGUUUUCUUUGCAUAAUUUAUUCUCGAGUGAACUCAGGCUGGAGGCACACAAACGGAUUCGAAUGCAGUGUGUGGUCAUCCAGCGGUGCAGACUCUAUUUUUGUAUAUCUCAUGUAAACAGGAAAAAAAGAAGAAAAAAAAUGUAAGAAAAGUAAGAAAAAAAGAAAGAAACUUUCAUGACAGGUUGUAACAUUCUGUGCAUAUGUGCAAAUGACUGUUAUAUUUUAGGGGUAAGCAAACGCCGUGGGGCUCCAGAAAUUAUAUUUUUAUACACAGAAUUGUACAUUAGGAUUUUGACCGAUCGUUACCUAAUCACUUUUCGUUAUUUGAAAUAGUGUAAGAUACGAGAAUAUAUUUUAAUUUAAAUAGGUGCAGAGUCUUUGCAGUCUUGUGCUGUUUUCUCUUUUAGAAUUCUCUAUUAUUUUGUCAUUGCUUUGGUUGUCAGAGUGGGACAGACAUAUACGUCCUUGUUCACUCUUCUCUGGGUUCAUUGUUUCUUGUAUUUCUUGAAGAAAAUACGAAAUGCACAUUCCGACAAUUCAGUAACGAUAAUAGUCCCACAGUAAAGAACAAAGGGUUUCGUUAAACAAAUAAAUAAGUAACUGCUGUACAUUUACUAAAAUGUAUUUUUCUUUUCAUAUUUUGUAAUAGGUAAAUAGUUUUAUAGAAAUAAAAUGCAGCUGAUGCACAGUUUGGAUAGCAUAUGAUUGAGUGGCCAUACCAGUUAACCUACCUUUCAUCAAGGCAAGGUGUCAGGAAAUGUAUAGAAUUUAUUAUUUAUAUGUUUAUUAUAAAUGAAUGACAUAAAGAAAAUAUCCAAACUGUUUUGUUUUGUUUCAUGAAUAUCUUUUGCAAAUGCAGACAUUAAACAUCUACACCUAUCAUUUCAAUAAUCAGAUUUAAUAUCAUUAUUAGUGCUAUUAUCGCUCAUAAAUAUUUCAUUGUCAUUGCUGUUGUUUAAAUAGUCGGCUCUCAAGGGCUGCUAUUAAAAUAUUAACUGGGCUGGUAAUGUUCACUGCUGUGUCAUGUUUAACACAUGGCACAAGAAAAACGAUAUAGCCUGCAGGUUGUUUAAAUGCAUAUAAUUAAAUAGGCCUACAAUUUGUGUUUUAUUGUUACAAUAAAAACGCUAUCUGACAGAGUCGUCCAAUAAUGUUUCCAUUUCCAACCCACGUAAAUCGGGCUAUUCAGCUUGCAUAAAACUCGAGUGGGAGAAACAAGAAGGCCAUUCAAACAAACGUGUUCGCAAUCGUUGAAAACGGCUAUCGGUAAGACGCGAAAAAGUCUUUGAUCUGGAUUUUGUAUGCUUGCGAAAAGUUGUGGUCCCAUGUUAAAUAUGAAGAGUACAGUCUGAAAAUCUCUCACGCAGAUUAAAAAGGCCACUGUUUGCGUGCUUUAGACGCACCAACACAUUUCCCACUGCUUAUUAGAUGGGCUAUUUGCUGAUUUCACAUGCGGACGUCUAUAGUGUUGCUGUUAGGCCUACUCACCGCCACGAGAAUCACGCCCAAAAUAUAAUGUGACGCAAUCAAAUACACAUUUUUUGAAGAAAUUCACAUGGAUCACAUAGAACAAAGUCCCCACCACCUCAUGGUUGCGAUUAAACAGAUGAACGCAGUUUUCCAGUCUUCAUGUAAUUGGGAUUUUAUAGUGAAGAUUCCCUAUAGACAAACAGGUGGAGCACCAGGUGCAAUGAGAGGAAGUGAGGAAGCACUCCACUUCUCAUCUUAUAGGCUACAUGAUGCAUGAGUCUUUCCUCAAGGUUUAGGAAACCCAAACUCUAAGGUUUCCUUUGGUUAAUUCUGAGAUGUAAUAGGUGGCUUCUACAUGCAUGCCAGCAAACGACAGCCCCGAACCCAUCACAAGUCCAGACAUCAGACAUUCCCUAUCUGUGUGUGAAAUGAAUUAAUAAGCAACUAUAAGCUUUCACCUUUGAAAUGACAAAAGCUGAUCACAUCCAUAGCAGACUCAAGCUGAGAGCCAAAUGUCACCUUCACCAAUUCAAAACUUUUAAAAACUUUCACAAGCACCUCCCAGACCUCGAUAUCAUUCAUGUGAAGUCUGCUGAAUAAUAUUAUCAAUGUGAGCUCAACGGAUAAAAUGGCUAUUGAGAACAGUACUAAAGUCUGAAGUGAAUGUUCCUGCCUGACUGACGUGCAAAUUCCAAAAACAUCGGCAUGAAGGAU